AUGAAUGACGGCUCAUUAAAUCGUGGUGCACUGAAGCUCACGGACUCCGACCUGCACACCGAUGCACCUCUGCCCUGUGACAGUCAUCCGUUUUUCUCUCAUAUGUCCGCGGGUUACGGCUCCCGAAUGUCCGCGCUUUUCUGGCCAGGUCAAAUACCGCUGGAUGAGCCGUUGCACUCCGGAGGGAACCUCGGGACUUUUCACAAUACGCCUGGCACUGCGACUAAUACAAGUGGUGGGAGCGGUGUGGAGCAUGGUAGUGAAUUGACUUGCAACCCCGACGCAGGGUCUUCAUCGUUGUUCGAACCGAGGCAGUUGACAUCGGCGGCAGUGGCCUCGGCAGCAGCCUCCACUUGGUACGGUGCUGCUGCCGCCGUGGCCGCCAGUGACCCUAGAUUAACUAGUGAAUACAACGAAUAUGUUACACGCCUCAUGGGAGCAACAAAUGCUGCCAUGGCUGGUUCGUAUCCAGGACACCUUAGUCCAACUUUUCACCCUGGCUUCAUCGGCGGUGCUGGAGGCGGAGCUUCUUCGUUGAACUACAUCAACAACUAUGGACUAGCGUGUCCGCCGUACCCAGAGCUUACCGACGCUCGAAGUCACACGUCGAACGGUAGGCAUGUGGGCACCUCUGGAAUCACCCGAAGGACUAAUUACCCCUUCACCACCCUUCAUACAAGUGGUAUAUCAAGUGGUGGGGGUGGCAUCAGUGCUGUAUCACCACCACAGUCAUCGCCAUUUCAAUCAUUCGGCGUUGGGAAACGAUCUGGUGAUAGUGUUACCGAGUGUGGAGGCCAAUCUUCAUCCGCAAUAGGUUUGCACGGAUCAUCAUACAAUGCGGCAAUGUUGGCUUAUGAAAAGCACCAGAAAGCCGUUGCUGUAGCCGCGGCAGCGGCGGCCGUGGCUGCAAGUGGUAUACACCAUCAUCAUCACCACCACCAUUCAUCUCUUGCGCCCCCAGCACAACCUACGCCACCUCAGCAACAGCCGCAACCAUCCAUGAACUUGAAUCGUGUCGCAAGCCCUGGUAUGAAUAUCGCUCAUAGCAUGCAUCAACUCCCACACUCGCUACAGCAUCACUUGCACAACUCACCUUCCACAUUUCGUGGUCUCUCCCAACGGCGAAAACGUAGAGUGCUUUUUACCCAAGCACAGGUGUACGAACUGGAGAGGCGCUUCAAACAGCAGAAAUACUUAUCCGCUCCGGAACGAGAACAUUUAUCUCAGAUGAUCAAUUUGACCCCGACACAGGUGAAAAUUUGGUUUCAAAACCAUCGCUAUAAAUGCAAACGAGCGCAAAAGGACAAGGAGACGAUCGUCUGCACCGAUACGUCGCAACCAUCCAGCAUAGAGAUGUGUCCAGCUGUACUUACUCGACCGGCACACAACCAGCGAUGCGCUUCAAGGUCAUCGCCCUUGAACAACACCACGGAUGCCAACGGAUUCGCGAGGCGCAAAUCUGGCCUCAUGGGCACUCAUGUGGGCGAACUGGAGGACCGCACGAUUAGCACAGAUGUAUCGAAUUGCUCGGAAUCGUCGUCGCUGAACGAGUAUCAAGAGGAUGGCCAUUCUGGUAUGCAUCAGGAUGUCUCGUCACUGAUACAGGACCCGAAGAGUGGUACGAAAGUACAUCUCGAUUAUUCCGCCCGUAACUUGAUCGAAGGCAUUAUCCCACGCAGUGUUCAGCACCCUCUGUCCGCAUGCAAAGACUUGCACAACGGCACGGGCAUAGUGAGUCCUGCCAGCUCUCAAGCCAGGACAUCGCUUCAGUGUAGGAGCCGUGAGAGUGGAUCAGAUUGUUUCCGUUAUAGCCAGAUGCAUUACGGUGAAACGCGAUCGAUGGAGGAUUUGGCUCGCUCAGAAACACAGCACAACUUUCCUGGACUAUAUGCCGUUAAACAUAACGAGUUCCAACGGGCUGAAGGCGGUCAAGCACAUAUACGUGAAUUGAGAGCCCAUGAUGAAUCGUAUGCAGGACAUCCGUUCUCUGUCUAUCCGAUUUCCAUGACGUCGUCUUACGGUUCUGCAUAUCAAUCAGCUACACCUUACUUUUUGAGCUCACACCCGAACAACGAAGGUACUGCAAAGAGCUCAAAUGUGGAUAAAACCGGUCGCGAUACGUGGAGUUGCGAUUGUACAGAACCCGGCGUUUAUCUGCAUUUUCUCUCUUUUUGCACUCACACCCAACCGCUCAUACGUGCGCGGGUGUCCCCAGGUGACAGAAACCCAGAUCAGCUGGUCCGUCCUAGUACUACUGGGCCGGUGGUUACCCCAGGCUGUUUGGGAGCAAUUUACGCAUGGGAAUUGGAUCAGUCACGUUGCAGUACCCACUAUCCAUUCAAACCCACAGGUGCUUGCUCAUCAAGGUGA